AUGGCGGCAACCAAAUGGGACAGGCUUGCGCUUCGAGCCGCAAGCGCCGAAACUGCGUCUUCGAUUCCUGUUUUUCUUUACGGCACUGCCUGGAAAAAGGGACGAACCGCAGACUUGGUCUACCAGGCUCUUUGCAGCGGGUUUACUGCUGUCGACACUGCGGCGCAGCCAAAACACUACAGAGAAGACCUUGUGGGAGAGGGAAUUCAAACAAAGUACACUGCCGUUAGCGGCCAGAAUCCAGAUGAUAUGCCAUACGACCCUAAAUCUUCAAUUGCAGAGCAAGUGCACGCUUCGAUUAAAUCAUCUCUCAGGAACCUCCGGCCCUCCGAUGACCCAGACUCCGAAAGCAAAGCCUACCUUGACGCUCUCGUCCUACACUCCCCGCUUCCCAGCAUCGGACAGACAUUAGAAGCCUGGGCCGCGUUGGAAGAGUACGUACCCGAUAAGAUCCGACAUCUGGGCAUCUCCAACUGCCCAGCCUCCGUCCUCUCCGUUCUCCACGAAGCCGCCAAGGUGAAACCCGCCGUCGUACAAAAUCGGUUCUUUCGUAAGGGCAACUACGACAGGGAGGUGCGACGAUUCUGCAACGCAAACUCCAUCGUAUACCAGUCCUUUUGGACGCUAACUGCUAACCCGGACGUGGUUUUCUCGGCGCCUGUGGGAUUGUUGGCGAAUCAGCUUGGGAUUAGCCCGCAAGCUGCGAUGUAUUGUCUUGUGUUGAGCCUUGGGAACAUUGUGAUUUUAAACGGGACGACGAAGGAAGAGAGAAUGGUUGACGAUCUUCAGGCUCCAAAACAGGUUGAAGAGUUUGCAAUGAAACGCCCAGAUGCAUGGGAAAGGGUGCGGACGGCAUUCAAGGACUUUAUUGGCGAGUCGAAUAUGUGA